AUCGAGUGCGGAGAACUCAGAAAGUUGACGAGCUGGUACUGGAGAAGCAUCGAAGACGCUACCCGACCAUGAAAGCGGUAGCGGGCCAAAACUCGGGCCUUUGGGCCCGGCCCGGAAUGCGGAAGUCAACCAAUUUUCAAACGCUUGCAAACCAAGGAGAAGAGGUAACGGAACCCGCCAAAGCAUGAGCGCCAUUGUUGAUGGCCCUUCGCUUCUCCUCCUCCUCUCCUCACUUUCAUGUCAACGCGCUGUCACUUCUCACGCUCUUCUCGCAGCCCUCUCGCGGUGCCGUGCAAGUUUUGAGAUGCUCGACGGUCGCCGCGGGAGCUCCGAGGUUGUCCUAUCUGAGGAAGACGUUCUCGCAUCUUUUCCAGGACUGCUCGAGCCAGAGAGCCCUGGUGCCCGGGAAACAGGCUCAUGCGCGCAUGAUUGUAACUGGGUUUUCGCCGACGGUGUUCGUCACGAAUUGUUUGAUCCAGAUGUACGUCAAAUGUUCGAGCUUGGACCACGCACUCAAGGUGUUCGACAGAAUGCCGCUUCGGGACACCUUCUCUUGGAACGCGGUGAUAUUUGGGUAUGCGGGGAGUGGGAACAUGGCAGCCGCGGAGGCACUUUUUCGGUUGAUGCCCGAAAAGGACGUCGUCUCGUGGAACUCUGUGGUAUCCGGUUUUCUACAGAAUGGUGAUAGUUGGAAAGCGGUUGGUGUUUUUAUGGAGAUGAGAGGAGCGGGAGUGGCGCUCGAUUACACCACUUUGGCCGUUGUUUCGAAAGUAUGUUCGUGCUUAGAAGAUCUGAACUUGGGAAUUCAGAUCCAUGGACUUGCAGUGAGGAUGGGAGUUCAUGAAAAUGUAGUCGCAGCGAGUGCUUUAAUUAACAUGUAUGCCAAGUGUAAGAAAUUAGAUAGAUCGCUUCAGCUCUUUGCAGAAAUGCCAGAGAGGAAUUGGGUUUCAUGGAGCGCUGUAAUUGCCGGUUGUGUCCAAAACAAUCAAUUGAUUGAGGGUUUAGAGAUAUACAGGGAAAUGCUGAGAGCCGGAUGUGGAGUGAGCCAAUCCACUUACGCGAGUGUCUUCAGGUCAUGUGCAGGGUUGUCAGCAUUAGGAAUUGGCACUCAGUUACAUGGUCAUACAUUGAAGAGUGACUUUGGAGCUGAUAUCGUAGUAGCGACAGCCACGUUGGACAUGUAUGCGAAGUGUGACAACAUGGAACAUGCUAGAAAGUUGUUUAACUCAAUGCCAGAUCAUAGCUUGCAGUCAUAUAAUGCCAUUAUUGUUGGGUAUGCUCGAAGCGGUCAAGGAUUUGAAGCUUUGCAUCUAUUUAGAAAUUUGCAGAAGUCUGGUCAAGGUUUUGAUGAAAUAAGUUUGUCGGGUGCAUUAAGUGCAUGUGCGAUAAUUAAAGGGCUUUUUGAGGGGCUUCAAAUUCAUUCACUAACAAUUAAGAGCACCUUGAAUAACAAUAUAUGCGUCGCAAAUGCCCUGUUGGAUAUGUAUGGAAAAUGUAGAGCUUUAUCGGAAGCAUGCUGUAUUUUUGAGGAAAUGACAAUUAGAGAUGCUGUAUCAUGGAAUGCGAUCAUUGCAGCACAUGAGCAGAAUGAUAAUGUAGAGGAAACGCUCAUGCUAUUUGCUUCGAUGCUUCGAUCAAAGAUGGAACCUGACGAAUUCACGUAUGGAAGUGUCUUAAAAGCUUGUGCAGGUAAUCAAGCUCUGAGUUGUGGCAUGGAGAUUCAUAAUAGAGUAAUCAAAUCCGGAAUGGGGUUGAACUGGUUUGUAGGGAGUGCAUUGGUUGACAUGUACAGUAAAUGUGGGAUGAUAGAAGUGGCAGAGAAGAUCCAUUUUAGAACAGAAGAACAGACGAUGGUUUCUUGGAAUGCAAUCAUAUCUGGGUUCGUAAUGCAAAAGCAGAGUGAGGAUGCUCAGAGAUACUUCUCUUGGAUGUUGGAGAUUGGUGUAGAGCCCGAUAACUUCACUUAUGCAACAGUUCUUGAUACUUGUGCUAAUCUUGCUACUGUCGGUCUAGGGAAGCAAAUCCAUGCUCAAAUCUUGAAAUUAGAGCUGCAAGCAGAUGCUUACAUUUGCAGCACCCUUGUUGACAUGUACUCGAAGUGUGGAAAUUUGAAAGAUUCCCAGUUGAUGUUUGAGAAAGCACCUAAGAGAGACUUUGUGACAUGGAAUGCAAUGAUCUGUGGGUACGCACAUCAUGGGCUUGGUGAAGAUGCCCUUAAAGUUUUUGAGAGGAUGCAACUUGAAAACAUGAAGCCAAACCACGCUACUUUUGUGUCAGUUCUUCGAGCUUGUGCACACAUGGGACUUGCUGAGGAAGGAUUGCAGUAUUUUCACUCUAUGCAACCUGCAUAUGGUUUGGAUCCCCAUUUGGAGCAUUACUCGUGUAUGGUGGAUAUUCUAGGGAGGUCAGGCCAAGUUGAUGAUGCUCUAAAGCUUAUUUAUGACAUGCCUUUUGAAGCGGAUGCUGUUAUUUGGAGAAGUCUACUUAGCGCUUGCUGUGACCAUGGUAAUGUGGAAAUAGCAGAAGUGGCAGCAAAUUCUCUACUGCAAUUGGAGCCGGAAGAUUCUUCUGCAUAUAUCCUCCUAUCGAAUAUAUAUGCCAAUGCAGGAUUGUGGAACGAAGUUUCGGAGAUGAGGAAAGUAAUUAAGAGUAACAAGUUAAGGAAGGAGCCGGGAUGUAGCUGGAUCGAGGUGAAAGAUGAGGUACAUACAUUUCUUGUGGGAGAGAGGGCUCAUCCAAAAUCAAGAGAAAUUUACGGGAAGCUUGAUCUGCUCAUCAAUGAAAUGAAAGGAUCUGGUUAUGUGCCUGUUGCCAAUUUCCUUCUUGAUGAGGAGGCAGAAGAAAACGAAUCUGAGGAAGAAUUGAGAAUGAAUGUCUAGUCGUAGUUUGGAAAUAUUGUUAGAUUUCUUUGAACAAGAAGAGGCAAAGUCGUGGAUAGGGAAAAGAGAGUGCCAUUGGCAAAUUGUACCGCAUGUCGAUACAGGGAAGCGACUGAAAAGGUGGCAUAGCAUAACUACGAUCUCUUUAGCACAGAUACAGUAUUUGGUCUCUCUGUGAAUGAUCUUCAUGAUAGCAAUUACUGCUGACCGGAGAACUCUCGGGAUGCCCGCUGUUGAUGACAGCAAGGUCCGAGAUUAAUCUCAAAGAGAAGAUUUACUUCGAGAUUCUCAGGGGAACCUGAAAACUGAAUGGGAAGCGCAUGCAAAAAUGCAGGAUUCAGGAUUAUAAGUCACGGAGUAUCUUUGAUUGCAGGAGGACAGAACCUCCAUCUUUUCACUUCUUUGGGCUACAUUAAUUCUUUCCUGAUGAGAUACGUGAUAAUUGUCCUAAAAAUCCGGAGUUCGACAAAUGAUACAUUGCAACUUCGGAGUAGCUUUCCACCAGCCGAGUUUCUUUUCUAAAACGCCAUGCACGCUCAGACUCUUGCUCGGGGCAUAAGCCUUCCCUAGACCAAGAGCAACAGCAACUGAACCCCAGAGUAAUACACCCUCCUCAUCAGUUGCAACUUGCAGCAUCUUCUUUUGUUCAUUCCCUUGUCCAGAGGUAAGCGGCACCUGGCCGCAAUGAAAGCGAUGCGGCACCCGAGUCAUUUUUUCGGCAGCUGUCUACGGAUCUGUCACAUGUUGGCGAAAAAGUUGAGGACGGUAAAGAUGACAUCCUAAUGUUUCCAGUCGCAAUCGAAUGGACAUCUUAACUAAGACCUCUGGCCACAAAUGGCUUGUGGAGUUCACAUCAUGCUCUUCCUUGUCAUCUUCCACUCUCAAUGCACCACACCAUCUUGCCAUCACACUUUGCAUAUCUUUGGAGGGUCGAAUUCACACGAGCGUGACGCCGCGUCCCCAACAGUACGGCGGCCCUUUUGAUGGCGGAACUUGCCAAACGCCGCAGGCCGGCACGGAGAUGGCGUUAACCAUGCCGGCGGGGCCCGUGGGCCCCACCACGAUGCCCGGCAUCUCUCAACCCGCGAAUCCAAUCUCCAUAGGACAAGCGACAUGUGGCGACACGACCCGGAUUCGACCCACAAAACUUUAAUUUUAAUUUUAUUUUAUAAGCACCGUGUUCCAGAGCAAUUCUAUUUUCCUUUCUAUUAAUAUAAAUAAAUUCUUAAAUUGGGCAAUGAGAGACGGAAGGGCCAUUUUUGUUU